AAUAUUGUUGUUUACAAUGAUAAAUUAUUGUUGAUAAAGUGUUUAAUACAUGUAGUGCCUACCCGAAUCUGUGAAUUCUACUUCAUAAGAGCCAGUUCAACGUUCCAAAUAAUUGAGAAGGAGAAAAUAUGUCAGGCAUUUUACCAGAAACUUUUGUUCCAGGAUUUCACGAUGAAGAAGUAGUGAAGAAAAUGGUUUAUAACGAUUUUGGAAAUACUGGCUUAAAGGUAUCCAAGUUGUCUAUUGGGACUGGCGUGUUCUGUUAUGCCUACAAUGACGUUGACUUAGAACAAUGCAAAGAAACCCUAAUAAAAGCUCUGAAAUCGGGCAUUAACUACAUCGAUACAGCUCCGUACUAUGGGCAUGGCGAGUCAGAGGAAGUUCUAGGAAAGAUCCUUGUGGAUAUUCCAAGGAAAGCUUACUACAUCGCAACCAAAGUCGGAAGAUAUGACAAAGAUAUUAAAAAGCAGUUCGACUUCACCGCUGAAAAAACUAGACAAAGUAUCGACGAUUCCUUAAGAAGAAUGAAAUUGGAUUAUGUUGAUAUCCUGCAGGUUCAUGACGUGGAAUUUGCCCCAUCUCUGGACAUGGUCUUAAAGGAAACCCUACCAACAGUAGAAGAAAUUGUAAAAUCUGGCAAAGCAAGAUUUAUUGGCGUUACUGGAUAUCCAGUGAAAACUUUGGCGGAAGUUGUUCAAAAGAGCACUGUGAAGUUAGAUAUGGUGCUCUCUUAUGCUAGACUUACCAUGUUUGAUGAUAGUUUGAAGGAAUAUUUACCCAUCUUUAAGAAAUACAACUUAGGUGUGGUAAAUGCCGCAGUGAACGCUUUAGGUUUACUUUCCAAUAUGGGAGAGCGCUCUUGGCAUCCCGCUACUCAACAUAUAAAAGAUGUUUGUGCUGCAGCAAGAAAUCUCACUAUUGCAAACAAUGUAGAAUUAGGUAAGCUGGCGGUUUGGCACAGUUUGCAACAAGAGGGUCCAGACACCACCCUAGUAGGGAUGGAUUCUGUCCAAAUAGUGGAGUGCAAUUUGGAAGUUUUACACAAGGGGCUCAAUUCUAAAGAAAAGAAGAUCUAUGAGGAAGUGCUAAAAAUAUUUGAAACGAAACUGAAAGAAAAACAUUGGGAGAACCACGAAGUAACGAAAUACUGGCAACUCAUGAAAAUUACUUCUUAAGAGCUCAAUGUUUAAAAACAUAUUUUAAUGACUAAAAUAUAUAUUUUUAAGUAUUACAAA